AUGUCUUCAUCCUCGCCGCAGGUCCAGCUGACUGCGGACUAUCAUGGUCCCGACGGGGCUCAUCGCAUUGCCAAAGACCUCCCCCAGACCCCAGCCGCUGCAGGGAGUGAGGAGGGCAGCGAUGUCGAGGCAAAGACUGAAUACUUAUCAGCCCUGCGCAACAACGUGGUGCAGCUCCAGGCGGACAUCAAUACUUUUCUCACGCAGAAGAUGGAAGAAGACAAGGCCGCAGGUGCCGACGCGCAAGACGGGAGAAAGGCGGACGAGAAGGAGGAGGAGAUGUAUGGCGAGGAGGACCCAGAACAUGACGGGUAG